UUACUUCCUCUCAUUAAAAAAUGUGAAAAGAAAAAUAGCAAUCCAAACACAUAGAUCUGAUCACAUACGCUAACAUGGAAGCCCAGCCUGUCAACAAUCCAAGCUUCAGAAUCAAUGGUUAUCUUGUCUGGUACUCGGAUAUCCAUAUCCUAUUUCGAUCAUUUCUGCCUUUCUGUUGCCGCUCUUCUGAUCUGUAGUCCCCGAAUCUUUGCCAUCCCGAGAACUCCCCCUCGUUUUCUCGGUUCCAUCUCUAAUAACCCCCCAAACCCUCCCCUCUUUCCUCCCCCACCACAGACCCCCCCCCCGCAAGUCUAUCAUCCCGGAAUCCAUGACGAACCGUCCGUCCUCCCAAAUCUACAGUCAGGGUUACUAGUGUUUCCGAAUCCCGAUGGAGAAGCUGGCGUCCGGCCGGUACCCGGCGGCGGGGGCGGCGCUGCUGCAGCAGCUCUCCCCACAAGACUGGGAGACCCUCAUCGACGACUUCCAGUCCGGCGUCCCCGGCCGCCGCGCACGAUGGCUCUCCGUCCCCCUCCUCGAUCUCGCCCUCAACGCCAUCCUCCGCCGCGACUUCCCCUCCUCCCUUAAGCCCCACCUCCUCGUCUUCCUCGAGGAGUCGCUCCCCCUCCUCCCCCUUCCUUCCCCUGCCGCCGCCCUCCCCCCACUCCUUGACGCCCUCCGCGUCCUCCUCCAAUCCCCCUCCCCCGACGCCGCCGCCGUCCGCGACCAGGCCAUCCUCUCCGUCACCGCCAUCGCCGUCGCUGCCCUCCCCUCUCCCCUCCUCACCUCCGCUUCCCCCGAACUCGAGUCCCUCGCCGAGGUCCUCCUCGCCGUCGCUAACCGCCCCAACCACGGCCCCGACCGCCUCUCCCGCGCCCUCGCCUGCGAGUCCCUCCGCGAGCUCGAGCGCGCCAACCCUCUCCUUCUCUCCGACGUCGCCGGACACCUCUGGGCGCUGGCCCAGGCCGAGCGCACGCACGCCGCCCAGAGCUACCUCCUCCUCCUCGCUGCCGUAAUCCGUAACAUCGCCCUCCACGGCCUCCUCUCCUCCCCCUCUUCCAUCCUUUCCACCUCCACCCCUCUCGUUCCCUUCUCCGUCCCCCAAUCCCUCUUCUCUUCUCCCGACCCCAAUCGCGAGCCGUCUGAUCUCAAUCUGAGGGAGAUCCGGCGGGUGAUGGCUUUCCUAUUGGAGCGGCCGCACGCCCUCACCCCGCCGGCGACCAUGGAGCUUGUGUCGAUGCUCACGAGCAUCGCCGGCGUGCUGGAGCAGCGCGUGCCGGCGGUGACGGCGCUCCUGAAGGUGCAGUUCUCUGGCCUGCUUUACUCCUAUGACCCUAUCCUCUGCCAUGUUGUUCUCAUGCUGUAUUCCCGCUUCUCAGAUGCUUUCUCCGGUGAGGACGAGCGGGGCAUCGCCCGCCGCCUCGCCCUCGUUGCCAGGGAGACCCACCAUCCCCUCAUCUUCCGUCUUCUUGCUCUCCAUUGGCUCCUUGGCUUGCCCCGGAUCGCUGAUGGGAAGGCCUCCCUUGCUCCCCUGACACCCAACUUUUACCCGACCGUGUUUGAUCCCCUCGCGCUGAAAGCUAAGAAAUUGGAUGUCCUCUCGUGCGUCGCUGCUAGUCUUGAUGUUUCCAGAGGGGAACGGAAGGAGGAGGAGGAGGGUCGAAAGGCUCAGGUGGUGAAGCUCUUUGAGGAUGGAUUGGUUUGUGUCUCAGCGUUCAAAUGGCUACCACCAUGGAGCACCGAGACCUCAGUGGCCUUUCGAACUCUUCACAACUUCUUAAUUGGAGUCGCCCCACAUCGUAACUGCAGCUCAGAGAAUUCUGAAAUAGGAGAAUUGAUGGAGUCUACCAUUUUCCACACGAUACAGAAUAUGUUGGUGAGCUUGUCAUUGGAGCAUCAUGGAUUAGUUCCGGUGAUUGCUACUUUUGUCGACCGGUUGUUGGCAUGCCAGGCCCAUAGGCAAGUGGGUGAGUGGCUACUUCAGACACUGGAUGAGCAUUUGCUCCCGAAACUUGAAUCAGGCUACCAAUUAGUUUCAUACUUCCCAAUUUUUGGAAGGAUUGCUGAGAGUGAUACGAUACCGCCUCGUGGUUUGUUAGAAUUGCUUACCAGGCAUAUGGUUACUCUUUCGGAGAAGCAUGGCCCUGAUACUUGGUUGAGAUCAUGGUCUCAGGGAAGCAAGGUAUUGGGCAUUUGCAGGAUGAUGCUUAAGCAUCAUCACAGCUCCAGAGUGUUCCUUGCUCUUUCGCAUCUUCUCACAUUCACUUGUCAGUUCUUUCCAGACUUGGAGGUUCGUGACAAUGCAAGGAUCUACUUGCGAAUGCUUCUCUGCAUUCCUGGGAAGAAGCUGAGGCACAUAAUGAAUCUCGUUGAACAGCCUUCAGGAGUCUCUCCUUCUCCUCACCCUGGCUCACUCUUUCAAGUUCCAUCACCUCGUCACGCACAAGAUCUUAAGAAAUCAGUUGGAGUGUCUUCUUAUAUUCAUCUUGAAAGAGUCAUUCCAUUGCUUGUUAAACAGUCGUGGUCACUAACACUACCUAAUUUGAGUAAUGGAGAUUCUAAAUCCAGUUAUGUGGAAGGAAUUAAGGACAUCAGCGCCCCACCUUCUACGGAAUUGGGGGGGAGGGAACCAUUGCGUGUGAUGGAUUCUAAGGUUGCAGAAAUAUUAGGAGUCCUGCGGAGGCAUUUUGCAUGCAUUCCGGACUAUCGACACAUGCCUGCAAUUAAGAUAAGGAUACCCUGUAGACUGAGGUUUGAUUCCGAGCCAUUCACUCGUGUAUGGGGAGCUGCUUCAUUUGCUUUAGAUUCGGAAGAGGUAGAUGGAUUGCCAGCUCUAUAUGCAACUACAAUCACUUUUUCAUCAACAUCAAAGUAUGGUUCUAUUCCACCUUGCCGUGUACCUUUUCUUUUAGGUGAACCUUCAAGAACUGGAUUUGAUAUUGUGCCUGUGGAUGAUACUUCUGAGGAGGAAGAUUCAAGCUUCCGUGCCUCGGUAAUGAUAGAAUUGGAGCCUCAAGAGCCGGUGCCUGGUCUUAUUGAUGUAGCCAUCAAAGCAAAUGCAGAAAAUGGGCAAAUUAUCUCUGGCUCACUUCAAAAUAUUACAGUUGGUAUUGAAGACAUGUUCCUCAAGGCUGUUAUACCGCCUGAUAUUAUGGAAGAUCGGAUUCCAGAAUACUACAUGGAUCUGUUUCAUGCUCUGUGGGAGGCUUGUGGUAAUUCUGCAAACACAGGACGGGAGACCUUUCCUCUGAGUGGAGGUAAAGGGGCUGUGGCAAUUAAUGGGACACAAUCAGUUAAGCUUCUGGAGGUAUUCGCAUAUUCUUUAAUUAGAGCUAUCGAAAGGUACCUGGCUCCCUUUGUUGUAAGUGUCAUUGGCAACCCCCUGGUGAAUGUCGUGAAGGAUAAUGGGGUUAUCAGAGAUGUUGUCUGGGGGGAGGAUUCUGAGAAUUUUGCUGACAGUAACGUUGGUGCCCUGGUACCAUAUUCAGACAACGUACCUCUUCAGCUUCCAUAUACUGAGGGAGAAAGUGAUGCAGAUAGUCCCCCACAAAUCAAUAAGAGGAACAUGGGUAUUUUCCUUGUUUUAAUAUUCCUUCCUCCGCAGUUUCAUCUCCUUUUCCAGAUGGAAGUAAGUGAUGCUUCAACAUUAGUUCGAAUAAGAACUGACCAUUGGCCAUGUCUUGCUUAUGUGGAUGAAUACUUGGAAGCUUUGUUUCUAACAUAGUACUCACAUUGAAGGCCAGAUUUACUUCUGCUGCAUGGCAGGACUUUGACCUUUCUGCCAAGGGUCUGUUCUGUGCCGCAAACAUCUUGUUCUUUUUUAUAUUCUUUUAUAUUGUGGACUCUCUUUUUUUUUUACAAAUCCCACCAAUUUGUCGCAAUUUAUAGUCAAAACUUAUACGUGUCUUUUGGAAGAAUGCAGAUCAUGUAACAUCCCAUUCAUAUUCUAAAAUAUCUUUUUCCCC